UGCGAGUGCUGGGAGCUGAAGCUUGUAGCGUUUGGCGCGCAUGGGCAGACAGUGUCCGGGCGCCCGUCUGCCUUACUGCUUCCGACGGAGACGCACGCUGCGUGGUCACGCCAGGUUUGAUCCGAAAGCCGAAAUAGUGCGUGGACAGCAGGCUGGGCUCGUGAGGGAGGCGAGUUGAGCGGGAUUCUAGGCUUCGGCCAUCGCCGCUUCCAGAGAUUCCGCCUUGGCUAUCCGAGUCCAGCGGUAGGGGCGCGGAAGCAGCGCAGUGGCUUCCGCGUUGGGGAGUUCAGUCGUAUCUGAGCCGUUCAGUCCUGGCCUUCAGACUCACUCCUCUUCACCUCAUCUUGCCCAGCCCACUGCCCUAAUCGCUCUCGUCCGCCCACCCUUCCUGCUCCAGCCGACAUAGCCUUGAAGCUGCUUCUUAAUGCCCAGAAUUGAACCUUCGUGCGCGUACCCUUCCCGUGUCCAGAUGUAACUAGAUGGCUUGAGUAAUCAUCUUUUUCUCCCCUCUCAUAAUUAGUAGUUUUAAUCAGCGAGCAAUUUGUUUGGGCUUAAACUACAGUCUCGUGAUUAAGAGCAUGGGCUUUGGUAUCACACUCCCGGAGUUCGAGUCAGCUAGCUGUGUGACCUCGCUGUACUGUCUUCCUUGUGAUAAUCCUGUCCUGUGGUGAGCACUCAAGAGCGUUGGUGGCUGCUUUUAUCAGAUAAUGUGUUUUCUGAAAUUCUGAAUCAUGAGUCUAGCACUUAAUGAUCUGCUUAUUUGCUGCCGUCAACUAGAACAUGAUAGAGCUACAGAACGAAGGAAAGAGGUUGAGAAAUUUAAGCGCCUGAUUCAGGAUCCUGAAACCGUUCAACAUUUAGAUCAGCAUUCAGAUUCCAAACAAGGGAAAUAUUUGAAUUGGGAUGCUGUUUUUAGAGUUUUACAGAAAUAUAUUCAGAAAGAAAUGGAAUGUCUGAGAACAGCAAAACCAAAUGUAUCAACCUCAACACAAGCCACCAGGCAGAAAAAGAUGCAAGAAAUCAGUAGCUUAGUCAAAUACUUCAUCAAAUGUGCAAAUAAAAGAGCACCCAGGCUAAAAUGUCAAGAACUCUUGAAUUAUAUCAUGGAGACAGUGAAAGAUUCAUCUAAUGGUGCCAUUUAUGGAGCUGAUUGUAGCAACAUAUUGCUGAAGGACAUUCUUUCAGUGAGAAAGUACUGGUGUGAAAUAUCUCAGCAACAGUGGACAGAAUUGUUCUCUGUGUACUUCCAGCUGUAUCUUAAACCUUCACAAGACAUUAAUAGAGUUUUGGUGGCUAGAAUAAUUGAAGCUGUGACCAAAGGAUGCUGUUCGCAGACUGAUGGAUUAAAUUCCAAAUUUUUGGAUUUUUUUUCUAAGGCUAUUCAGCAUGCAAGACAAGAAAAGAGCUCUGCAGGUCUAAAUCAUAUCUUAGCAGCAUUUAUUAUUUUCCUCAAGACUUUGGCUGUUAACUUUCGAAUUCGAGUAUGUGAAUUAGGAGAUGAAAUUCUUCCUACCUUACUUUAUAUCUGGACUCAACAUAGACUUAAUGAUUCCUUAAAAGAAGUAAUUAUUGAGUUAUUUCAACUACAAAUUUAUAUCCAUCAUCCAAAGGGAGCCAAAACUCAAGAAAAAGGUGCCUAUGCAUCAAGAAAGUGGAAGAGUAUCUUAUACAAUGUAUAUGAUCUGCUAGUUAAUGAAAUAAGUCAUAUAGGAAGCAGAGGGAAAUAUUCUUCAGGAUCUCGUAAUAUUGCUGUCAAGGAAAACUUGAUUGAAUUGAUGGCAGAUAUUUGUCACCAGGUUUUUAAUGAAGAUACUAGAUCUUUGGAGAUUUCUCAGUCUUACACAACCACACAAAGAGAAUUUAGUGAUUACAAUGCACCUUGCAAAAAGAAGAAAAUAGAAUUAGGCUGGGAAGUAAUAAAAGAUCAUCUUCAGAAGUCACAGAAUGAUUUUAACAUUGUGCCUUGGUUACAGAUUACAACUCAAUUAAUAUCAAAAUAUCCUUCAAGUUUACCUAACUGUGAGUUGUCACCAUUACUAAUGAUACUACACCAGCUUCUACCUCAACAACGACAUGGGGAACGCACACCAUAUGUGUUACGAUGCCUUAUGGAAGUUGCAUUGUGUCAAGGCAAGAAAUCAAACCUAGAAAGCUCUCAAAAGUCAGAUUUAUUGAAACUCUGGAUUAAAAUUUGGUCUAUUACUUUUCGUGGUAUAAGUUCUGAACAAAUACAAGCUGAAAACUUUGGCUUACUUGGAGCCAUAAUUCAAGGCAGUUUAGUUGAAGUUGACAGAGAAUUCUGGAAGUUAUUUACUGGGUCAGCCUGCAGACCUUCAUGUCCUGCAGUAUGCUGUUUGACUUUGGCACUGACCAUCUGUGUAGUUCCAGAAACAGUAAAAACAGGAAUGGAGAAGAAUAUAUAUGAUAUAAACAGAAAUUUUUCUUUAAAGGAAUUGAUAAUGAAAUGGCUCUUAUUCCAUCAGUUAGAGGAUGACUUUGAAGACAAUGCAGAGCUGCCUCCAAUUCUUCACAGUAAUUUUCCUCAUCUUGCCCUGGAGAAAAUUCUUGUGAGUCUCACUAUGAAAAACUGUAAAGCUGCAAUGAAUUUUUUCCAAAGUGUGCCAGAAUGUGAGCAACACCAAAAAGAUACAGAAGAACCUUCAUUCUCAGAAGUUGAAGAACUAUUUCUUCAGACAACUUUUGACAAGAUGGAUUUUUUAACCAUUGUGAAAGAACAUACUACAGAAAAGCACCAAUCCAGUGUAGGCUUUUCUGUCCACCAAAAUCUCAAGCAAUCACUGGAUCGCUAUCUUCUGGGAUUGUCAGAACAGCUUCUAAAUAAUUACUCAUCUGAGACUUCAAAUUCAGAAACGCUUGUCCGGUGUUCAAGUCUUUUGGUGGGUGUUCUCGGCUGCUAUUGUUAUGUGGGUGUAAUAGCUGAAGAGGAAGCAUACAAAUCAGAAUUAUUCCAGAAAGCCAAGUCUCUAAUGCAGUAUGCAGGAGAAAGUAUCACUUUGUUUAAAAAUAAGACAAAUGAAGAAUCUAGAAUUGUUUCACUGAGAAAUAUGAUGCAUCUAUGUACAUGUUGCUUACAUAACUGUACCAAGCACAGUCCAAAUAAGAUUGCAUCUGGCUUCUUCCUGCGAUUAUUAACAUCAAAGCUAAUGAAUGAUAUUGCAGAUAUUUGUACAAGUUUAGUAUCCAUUAUCAAAAAGCCAUUUGACUUUGGAGAAGUAGAAUCAGUGGAAGAUGGUACUGAUGAAAAUCUAAUGGAGAUGGAGGAUCAGUCAUCCAUGAAUCUAUUUAAUGAUUACCCGGCUAGUAGUGUUAUUGAUGCAAAUGAAUCUGGAGAGAGCCAAAUUACUAUUGGUGCCAUGAAUCCUUUAGCUGAAGAACAUCUGUCAAAGCAAGAUCUGCUUUUUUUAGACAUGCUCAAGUUCUUGUGUAUGUGUGUAACCACUGCUCAGACCAAUACUGUAUCAUUUAGAGCAGCUGACAUUCGAAGGAAAUUGUUAAUGUUAAUUGAUUCUAGCAUGCUAGACCUUACCAAAUCUCUCCAUCUACACAUGUAUCUAGUGCUUUUAAAGGACCUUCCUGGAGAAGAAUAUCCCUUGCCAAUGGAAGAUGUUGUUGAACUUCUAAAACCGCUAUCCAAUGUGUGUUCUUUGUAUCGCCGUGACCAAGAUGUUUGUAAAACCAUUUUAAACCAUGUCCUUCACAUAGUGACGAACCUAUGUCAAGGAAAUAUGGAUGCUGAGAACACAAGGGAUGCUCAAGGACAGUUUCUAACAGUGAUUGAAGCAUUUUGGCACUUAACAAAGGAGGGAAAAUGCACAUUCUCUGUAAGAGUGGCACUAGUAAAAUGCCUUAAAACUUUGCUUGAGGCUGAUCCUUAUUCAAAAUGGGCUAUUCUGAAUGUAAUGGGAAAAGACUUUCCUGUAAAUGAAGUAUUUCCACAGUUUCUUGCUGAUAAUCAUCACCAAGUUCGCAUGUUGGCUGCACAGUCAAUCAAUAGAUUAUUUCAGCAUAUGAAAAAAGGAGGUCCUUCCACAUUAUUGAAAGCACUUCCUUUGAAGCUUCAGCAAGCAGCAUUUGAAAAUUCAUACUUGAAAGCUCAGGAAGGAAUGAGAGAAGUGUCCCACAGAGCUGAAAACUCUGAAAUUUUGGAUGAGCUUUGUAAUAGAAAGGCCAUUUUACUGAUGAUGAUAGCUGUGGUGUUAUACUAUAGCCCUGUAUGUGAAAAACAGGCUUUAUUCGCCCUAUGCAAGUCUGUGAAAGAGAAUGGAUUAGAGCCUCACCUCAUUAAAAAGGUUUUACAGAAAGUUUCUGAAACUUUUGGAUAUAGACAUUUAGAAGACUUCAUGGCUUCUCAUUUGGAUUAUCUGGUACUGCAAUGGCUAAAUCUUCAAGAUACUGAAUACAGCUUAUCUUCUUUUCCUUUUACUUUAUUAAACUACACAAACAUUGAAGAUUUCUACAGGUCUUGUUAUAAAGUUUUGAUUCCACAUCUGGUGAUUAGAAGUCAUUUUGAUGAGGUAAAGUCCAUUGCUAAUCAGAUUCAAAAGGAUUGGAAAAGUCUUCUGAUAGACUGCUUUCCAAAGAUUAUUGUAAAUAUUCUUCCAUACUUCGCUUAUGAGGAUACAGGAGACAGUGGGAUGGCACAGCAAAGAAAGAUUGCUACCAAAGUCUAUGAUAUGCUUAAAGAUGAAAACUUAUUAGGAAAACAGAUUGAUCAUUUAUUCAUUAGUAAUUUACCAGAGAUUGUGGUGGAGUUAUUAAUGACGUUACAUGAACCAGCAACUUCUGGUGCCAGCCAAAGCACUGACCCCUGUGACUUUUCAGGGGAUUUGGAUCCUGCUCCUAAUCCACCUCAUUUUCCAUCACAUGUGAUUAAAGCGACAUUUGCCUAUAUCAGCAAUUGCCACAAAACCAAGCUUAAAAGCAUUUUAGAAAUUCUUUCCAAAAGCCCUGAUUCCUAUCAGAAAAUUCUUCUGGCCAUAUGUGAGCAAGCAGUUGAGACAAAUAAUGUUUAUAAAAAACAUAGAAUUCUUAAAAUAUAUCACCUGUUUGUUAGUUUAUUAAUGGACGAUAUAAAGAGUGGCUUAGGAGGAGCUUGGGCCUUUGUUCUUCGAGACGUUAUUUAUACUUUGAUUCACUAUAUCAACCAAAGGCCUUCUCAUUUCAUGGAUGUGUCAUUACGUAGCUUCUCCCUUUGUUGUGACCUGUUAAGCCGGGUUUGCCACACAGCAGUAACUUACUGUAAGGAUGCUUUAGAAAGUCAUCUCCAUGUUAUUGUUGGUACACUUAUACCCCUUGUGGAUGAUCAGAUGGAGGUUCAGGAACAGGUAUUGGACUUGUUGAAAUACUUAGUGAUUGAUAACAAGGAUAAUGAAAAUCUCUAUAUCACGAUUAAACUUUUAGAUCCUUUUCCUGACCAUGUUGUCUUUAGAGAUUUGCGUAUUACUCAGCAGAAAAUCAAAUACAGUAGAGGACCCUUUUCACUUUUGGAGGAAAUUAACCAUUUUCUCUCAGUAAAUGUUUAUGAUGCACUUCCAUUGACAAGGCUUGAAGGAUUGAAGGAUCUUCGAAGACAACUAGAGCAACAUAAAGAUCAGAUGAUGGAUCUUAUGAGAGCAUCUCAGGAUAACCCUCCAGAUGGCGUAAUGGUGAAGCUAGUUGUCAGCUUGUUGCAGUUAUCCAAGAUGGCAGUAAACCACACUGGUGAAAGAGAAGUUUUAGAGGCUGUUGGAAGCUGCUUGGGAGAAGUGGGUCCUAUAGAUUUCUCUACAAUAGCUAUACAAUAUAGUAAAGAUACAUCUUAUACCAAGGCCCUUGAGUUAUUUGAAGAUAAAGAACUUCGGUGGACCUUCAUAAUGCUGACCUACCUGAAUAAUACACUGGUAGAAGAUUGUGUCAAAGUGCGAUCAGCAGCUGUUACCUGUUUGAAAAGCAUUUUAGCCACAAAAACUGGACAUAGUUUCUGGGAGAUUUAUAAGAUGACAAGUGAUCCCAUGCUGAUCUAUCUACAGCCUUUUCGAACAUCAAGGAAAAAGUUUUUAGAAGUACCUAGACUUGACAAAGAAAAUCCUUUAGAAGGCUUGGAUGAUACAAGCCUGUGGAUUCCUCAAAGUGAAAAUCAUGACAUUUGGUUAAAGACACUGACUUGUGCUUUUUUGAAUAGUGGAGGCACAAAAAGUGAAGUUCUUCAGUUAUUAAAGCCAAUGUGUGAGGUGAAAACUGACUUUUGUCAGACUGUGCUUCCAUACUUGAUCCAUGACAUUUUAAUCCAAGAUACAAAUGAAUCAUGGAGAAAUCUGCUUUCUACACACAUUCAGGGAUUUUUCACUAACUGUUUCAGACACUGCUCAGAAACAAGCCGAUCCACAACUCCUGCAAAUUUGGAUUCAGAGUCAGAGCACUUUUUCCGAUGCCAUUUGGAUAAAAAAUCACAAAGAACAAUGCUUGCUGUUGUGGACUACAUGAGGAGACAAAAGAGACCUUCUUCAGGAACAGUUUUUGAUGAUGCUUUCUGGCUGGAAUUGAAUUAUCUAGAGGUUGCCAAGGUAGCUCAGUCUUGUGCUGCUCAUUUUACAGCAUUGCUCUAUGCAGAAAUCUAUGCAGAUAAGAAGAAUAUGGAUGAUCAAGAGAAAAGAGGUGCUCUUGUGACAAACAGAAGUCUUACGUUUGAAGAAGGAAGCCAGAGUACAACUAUUUCCAGUUUGAGUGAAAAAAGUAAGGAAGAAACUGGAAUAAGUUUACAGGAUCUGCUCUUAGAAAUCUACAGAAGUAUAGGAGAGCCAGAUAGUCUUUAUGGUUGUGGUGGAGGGAAAAUAUUACAACCCCUUACUAGACUGCGAACAUAUGAACAUGAAGCAAUGUGGGGGAAAGCCCUAGUAACAUAUGACCUUGAGACAGCAAUCUCCUCCUCAACUCGCCAGGCAGGAAUAAUCCAGGCCUUGCAGAAUUUGGGACUCUGCCAUAUCCUUUCCGUCUAUUUAAGGGGAUUAGAUCAUGAAAAUAAAGAGUGGUGUGCUGAACUACAGGAACUUCAUUACCAAGUAGCAUGGAGGAAUAUGCAGUGGGACCACUGCAUUUCUGUCAACAAAGGAAUAGAAGGAACCAGUUACCAUGAAUCAUUGUAUAAUGCUCUGCAGUCUCUAAGAGAUGGGGAAUUCUCCACUUUUUAUGAAAGUCUCAAAUAUGCCAGAGUUAAAGAAGUGGAAGAGUUGUGUAAGGGCAGUCUUGAGUCUGUGUAUUCCCUCUACCCUACACUUAGCAGAUUGCAGGCCAUCGGAGAGCUCGAAAACAUUGGGGAGCUUUUCUCAAGAUCAAUAACAGAUAGGCAGCCCUCUGAAGUAUACAUUAAGUGGUGGAAACAUUCCCAGCUUCUCAAAGACAGUGAUUUUAGUUUUCAGGAGCCUAUAAUGGCUCUACGCACAGUCAUUUUGGAGAUCUUGAUGGAAAAGGAAAUGGAAAACUCGCAAAGAGAGUGUCUUAAGGAUAUUCUCACCAAGCAUCUUGUAGAACUAUCUGUAUUAGCCCGAACUUUCAAGAACACUCAGCUUCCUGAAAGGGCAAUAUUUCAAAUUAAACAGUAUAAUUCAGCUAGUUGUGGAGUCUCUGAGUGGCAGCUGGAGGAAGCACAAGUAUUCUGGGCAAAAAAGGAACAGAGUCUUGCCCUGAGUAUUCUCAAGCAAAUGAUCAAGAAGCUGGGUGCCAGUUGUACAGAGAAUGAUCCCAACCUAAAACUAAUAUACACAGAAUGUCUGAGGGUUUGUGGCACCUGGUUAGCAGAAACUUGCUUAGAAAAUCCUGCAGUCAUCAUGCAGACCUAUCUAGAAAAGGCAGUGGAAGUUGCUGGAAAUUAUGAUGGAGAAAGCAAUGAUGGGCUCAGAAAUGGAAAAAUGAAGGCAUUUCUCUCAUUAGCACGGUUCUCAGAUACUCAGUACCAAAGAAUUGAAAACUACAUGAAAUCGUCAGAAUUUGAAAACAAGCAAGCUCUCCUGAAAAGAGCUAAAGAGGAAGUUGGCCUUCUUAGGGAACAUAAAAUUCAGACCAACAGGUACACAGUAAAGGUUCAGCGAGAGCUGGAGUUGGAUGAAUGUGCACUCCAUGCAUUGAAAGAAGAUCGUAAACGUUUCUUAUGUAAGGCAGUUGAAAAUUACAUCAAUUGCUUAUUAAGUGGAGAAGGGCAUGAUACGUGGAUAUUCCGUCUUUGUUCCCUCUGGCUUGAAAAUUCUGGAGUUUCUGAAGUCAAUGGCAUGAUGAAGAGAGAUGGAAUGAAGAUUCCAUCAUAUAAAUUUUUGCCUCUUAUGUACCAAUUGGCUGCUAGAAUGGGGACUAAGAUGAUGGGAGGCCUAGGAUUUCAUGAAGUCCUCAAUAAUCUCAUCUCUAGAAUUUCAAUGGAUCACCCUCAUCAUACUUUGUUUAUUAUACUGGCUUUAGCAAAUGCAAACAAAGAUGAAUUUUUGACCAAACCAGAGGCAGCAAGAAGGAGUAGAAUAACUAAAAAUGCACCUAAACAAAGCUCUCAGCUUGAUGAGGAUCGAACCGAGGCUGCAAACAAAAUAAUACGUACUAUGAGAAGCAGGAGACCUCAGAUGGUCAGAAGUGUUGAGGCACUUUGUGAUGCUUACAUUAUACUAGCAAAUUUAGAUGCCACUCAGUGGAAGACUCAGAGAAAAGGCAUAAGUAUUCCGGCAGACCAGCCCAUUAUCAAACUUAAAAAUUUAGAAGAUGUUGUUGUUCCUACUAUGGAAAUUAAGGUCGACCCCACAGGGGAAUAUGGAAAUCUGGUGACUAUACAGUCAUUUAAAGCAGAAUUUCGUUUAGCAGGAGGUUUAAAUUUACCAAAAAUAAUAGAUUGUUUGGGUUCUGAUGGCAAGGAAAGGAGACAGCUUGUCAAGGGCCGCGAUGACCUGAGACAAGAUGCUGUCAUGCAGCAGGUUUUCCAGAUGUGUAAUACAUUGCUGCAGAGAAAUACUGAAACCAGGAAGAGGAAGUUGACUAUCUGUACAUAUAAGGUGGUUCCCCUUUCUCAGCGAAGUGGUGUUCUUGAAUGGUGCACAGGAACUGUCCCUAUUGGUGAAUUUCUUGUUAACAAUGAGAGUGGUGCUCAUAAAAGAUACAGGCCAAAGGAUUUCAGUGCCUAUCAGUGUCAAAAGAAAAUGAUGGAUGUACAAAAAAAGUCUUUUGAAGAGAAAUAUGAAACCUUCAUGGAGAUUUGCCAAAAUUUUCAACCAGUUUUCCGCUACUUCUGCAUGGAAAAAUUCUUGGAUCCAGCUGUUUGGUUUGAGAAACGAUUGGCUUAUACUCGGAGUGUUGCUACUUCUUCUAUUGUUGGUUACAUACUUGGACUUGGUGAUAGACAUGUACAGAAUAUCUUGAUAAAUGAGCAGUCAGCAGAACUUGUACAUAUAGAUUUAGGAGUUGCUUUUGAACAGGGUAAAAUCCUUCCUACUCCUGAAACAGUUCCCUUUAGACUCACCAGAGAUAUUGUGGAUGGGAUGGGCAUUACUGGUGUAGAAGGUGUCUUCAGAAGAUGCUGUGAGAAAACCAUGGAGGUUAUGAGAAACUCUCAGGAAACCCUGUUAACCAUUGUAGAGGUCCUCCUGUAUGAUCCUCUCUUUGACUGGACAAUGAAUCCUUUGAAAGCUCUGUAUUUACAGCAGAGGCCAGAGGAUGAAAGUGAGCUCCACUCCACUCCAAAUGCAGAUGACCAGGAAUGCAAACGAAAUCUCAGUGAUAUUGACCACAGUUUCAACAAAGUAGCUGAACGUGUCUUGAUGAGACUGCAAGAGAAACUAAAAGGAGUGGAGGAAGGAACCGUGCUCAGUGUUGGUGGACAGGUGAAUUUGCUCAUACAACAGGCCAUGGACCCCAAAAAUCUCAGCCGACUUUUCCCAGGCUGGAAAGCUUGGGUGUGAUAUUAAGCAUGUGAUUGCCUUUGAAUUCAGCCUUUAGAAAUUGUAUUUUGGCCUUCAUUUUUAACCCACCCACAUACUUCAAAUAGGUAUUAAUAUUGAACUAAGUAAACUAAUGUGUUUUUUAAAAAACGUUUAAUGCUUGCUUCAUUUACCUAAAGAUGCUUUGAUAGUCUCAAGGAACAGUUUUCUCACACUUUAGAAAUAAACAGUCAGUCAUGCUCUACUUCUAAGGUAAAUGUUUAUUUUUUCUUCUCAAGUGCAUACUUGUAUCAUUUUCAGUAGAAUCACUGACUUUUGCUUUAGCUGAAAAUGCAAGCAGCAUGAGUAUAGCAGCAGUGCUGGCAGAUUUUUCUUUAGUAGGAGUUAGAACAAAUAAAUAUACUGCUAGUUUUGAUAUAGCUUUAAUUAAAACUUGUUUCCCGGAUAUUAUAUAUGAAUGAUAAAAUAUUAAUAUAUAAAAGGAAGAAAAUUACUUUAAAAUUGUAACCAUCUGUAUACCAUGGUAAAUAUGUUUGGAUUUUCAGUAGUAAGAUCACUCAAUGUUACUCAGUAAUGAAGGUGUUAUGAUAUGGAGAACAAAUUUCACAGACACAGUAUGGUUACUAUUUUUUAGAAAUGUAUAUUAGACCUUCUCAUUCUGUUCUCUUUAUCUUUUAAGCCCUCUGUGUUUCCAGUACUUUAUCUUUCUAUGAUGCCUUCAUAUCUGUCUUCUAGUUCAUGAAUUCUCUUGUCUCUAUGUAAUCUCCUUUUUAAACUAUUCAUUGGGUUUCUCCUUUCAAAAAUUGUUUUCCAUUUCUAGGUAUGUAUCAUUCUUAAGAUUUGCCUAUUAUUUGUUUCAUGAUGUCUAGUUGGGGUUUUUUUUUUUAACUUUAAGUUUCUGUUGUUUGUAUAUGUUGGUUUUUGUAAUUGGUGGGCUGUUUAUCCAUGUAUUUUGUGACUUUAGAAGGUGAGCUUAUUUUCAGUAGGACCUUCUCAUGGGAAUCUUGAGUGACCUGGGCUAAGAAUAAUUCCUUCCAGAAAAGUUUUAUGUCUGGUUAUGUCAUAGUUCCAGGGCUAUCACUGACAGAGGACCACUCUUUCUUUAAUUUCUUGGCUUCAGGGUUUCCUGACCUGAAGAGUACUAUAAAUUUACUGAGAGAAGACUCCCAGGCCAAGACAGACAUUCUUCCACAUUAUCUCCCUGUGCUAGUCAGCAGAAUGUUUUACCGAUGACCCCCCUUUCACUGAGAGUGUAAGCCUGAAUGUGUCCCAACCUUAUGGACAUGAGGGGAGGUGCAUUUAAUUACUACCCACUGCCUUUUUAAAGUCCUCUUACAAAUGUUAUAGCUGAAAUUCAUAGGUUAAUGAGAUUGGCAAGUUUGCCAGGAUAGCUAGAAUAUCAGCUCACACAUCUACCUCUCUGGUUUUUAGUUUCCUUCUGAAACUGAAAAUUUUUGGCCAUAAGGAUUUCCCCUUUCUUACAACUUCUGCUGUGUGUUUAAAAAAUAUUUCUUAUACCUUACCUAGCAUUUCUGUGUGUAUUGUUGGAAGGAAAGGGUUUAGGUAUCAAGUUUGAUAUAUAGCUAGAAAUGGAACUCUUCUGUCCCCAUAGUGUCAUUAGAUAAACAAAUAAAACUAUUGACUUGUCUAUUGGUGAAUAUAAUCCUUCCUCCAUCCUUAGGAAACUGUUCAUCUCAGCUGCAGAGAUUAAGAAAUGGGUGAUUGAACCUUGAUGAAUGAAUAGGAUGAAUGAAUAGGAAACGUAUUUUUAUUACCAAAGUGAAUCAAGGGAAUGUAGCAAACUUAGAAUGUCUUUAUUUAAGAAAGCCUUGAAAUCUUCAUGGGUGGAAUAAGAAAUUAUCAGCUAGAUGAUAGUAUAGGUAAGUGAAUUUGUAGCUAAUUCUUGCUAGUUGAUGUAUGUUAUUCAAAGAGCUUUGAAUAACAUCAUUAAUCUACUCUUCAGCAUUGAAUGGUGUGCUGUAAAGCUCCUGUCCUAUUCAGAUUCUAAAGAUUAUGACAAGAUGGAACAAUGUCUGGAAAUGAAUAAGAUAGAAAUCUGGGAACAAAUGAGGAAUGUUUAGGUUUUUAAAAUAUUUGUGAUAAAAUAUUUGUUGUAUGCUGAGUACCUGACAUACAUUAUAUGCAGUGUCUUUUGCAAGAUUAGUGAUGUUAUUCCAGUUUACAGGUGGGGAAAGUGAAAUUUGGAAAAAUAAAAUAACUUGUCCAAGGGCAAAAUAUAAUAUGUUGAAGGUACAAGUUUAAUAUGGACAAUCUCUAACUUGGAAAUCUUUCAAGUGAAAAGAAUCUAGGCUUUACCAGUCAGUUGCUCAUAAGGUCAGUGGAAACCAAGGAGAGAAGCUACUAGAAAAGCAGAUAAAUUACAGACUGUUUGAACAGUUGUGUUCAGAUUAAGGGAGAUACUAUUCGUUCCACUAUUCUCUGUGCUGAUCAUACCACCUAAUUAGUAGGUAAAUAAAUCCAUGGCCAUGAUAGUAUAUACUUAAAAUAUAUGCACUUAGAAAUGCUAAAAAUUUAAAUAUGGCCUAAAGCAAAUAAAAGCAAAGAGGAAAACCUUUGAUCUUCUUAAAGAUUAAAGUAGGCUAGUGUUUAAAUACAUAGAAAGCUAGUGUACUGGCUUGAAAUAUGGAGAUAUGUGCCACUUCAAAUAUUUUGGUUGUACCUUAAUGAAAUUAUAUAUUUCAUGUAGAUUUUUUUUAGUACUAUUGAAUAUAUUUCUUUAUUACACUGUUACCUGUUUUAAAAUAAAUCUUAAAGAAAAUGUA